CAGUGGGUGACGGUAUGCACCUAUAUACGUUGGUUUGCGAUCGGCCAUUAAAUCAGAGAAGAAAAUUCCAUCACUGUAUGGGACUUUUAUUUUGAAAUGUAGACGUGACACCGGAAGCGGAUGUGCAGCACGGAAUAUUUUGAGAAACGCACAGGCCGCCAUAUAAAGGACAGCAAACGUUACGUUUUCACGGAAGAAAGUCUGUUGUGUUUAAAGUCCAAAUCACUGUGAUAUAAGUUACUUUUUAAGCUUUGUAAAAUGCCCAGCGACCUGACGGACACAGCGGGCUGAGUUUUUAAUUUGCCUGGGGGAAAAUGGAGGCGAGGUUCGGCGGCGAAGUGGCGGCGAUCGUGGAAGUCGCCAUCCAGGCAACCGUCUCUGUUUUCAGAGAUGUCUGGGCGAAAGAGGCGCCAAACACCAAAUGGGAAGAGGCGAAGCUCGGCGAAAUCCAGGAGAUAGAGAAGUGUCUGGUGGUUCAGAUCCAUAAGGUGUUCACGGAGUUCUCCUCGGAGCUGUUUGAGGAGAACGAGGCUCUGCGGGCCAAGGUGGAGCAGCUGGAGGAUGUGCUGCAUAGGAAAGCCGGGCAGCUCGAGCAGGAGCUGGAGGCCAGAGUGGUCCAGCUGGGCAGAGAGAUGGAGCAGCUGGAGAAAGAGCUGCAGGGCAUCAGUGAAGGCAGCAACAGGACACGAGGAGGCCCGACCCACAUCCUGGUGCAGGACGGCUCACUGAUAGGAGCGCCGGUUGUGUCGGUCUCCACCAGUCCUGCUGCCCCUCUGGUUGCUGCGAAGGAAUCCACCUCGAACCCUCUUCCGGUUUCAUCAGGAAGCGCUGAAGCCGUUCCCAGCUCCGCAGCUGGAUCUGUGGCUGUCCCUGAGGCUGCGAUAGCCCCGGUGAUGUUCGUGGGCAGAGGCCACUCAGCUCCCACGGUUCUGUUGCUGAGCGCCAGCCAAGUCGUCUACCAGCCUCCUGCGCCGUCGGCGGCCGUCUCUGAGACGACUGGGUCCACGCAGCUCGUUCUCAAACCAGCAGCCUCGCCGGAGUGGACGCCGCAAGACGUCCCCAGUCCAGACUCCAGCUCCGCCAGCGAUGUCGACUCUGCACAGGAAAAGACAUCUGUGGUAGAGGCACCUUCAGGGAGACCGAAGAGGAUCAGGAAACCUACUUCUAAAGCUGAAGAAGUUUUCACUGACAACAGCACCCAAAAGAAACGCAUCAAGACAGGCGGAGGGCGGAGAAAAAGAAAAGAGUCCCAGACGGCAAGGCGGUUCUCCUGCGAGCGUUGUAACCUUGGUUUUUAUUGGAAAGGUGACUUUACGAAACACAUGAAGGUCCACAAGGAGCCUUUUCCUUGUGAGAAGUGCGGCAGAAGUUUCAUUGAAAAGAAGUCUUUGGAAAAUCACCUUUUGCGUCACGAGAAAAGGAACGCCCCCAUGCCCUUCUCCUGUCCUAAGUGUAAAAGAUCGUACCGAAGAGAGCAGUCGUUUCAGAAUCACCUCAAGCGUCACCAGCUGGUGGAACUACCGAAGCCGUUCGCCUGCGACCAGUGUGGGAAGACAUUCAGAGUCCAGCAGUCUCUCGAAAACCACCUCGUACGCCACCAGAAAUCGAAGCAACUGCUGAAGUGCCCGCUUUGUGAGAAGACUUGCAAGACGGCGGUCCUGCUCAAAUGCCACAUGAGCGUACACUCGGAAGAGAGGCCGUUCAGCUGUGCAACGUGUGGAAAGGAGUUCAAGAGUAAAGACACCCUCCGCUUCCACCAGAUAGUUCACUCCAACCAGAAAAAAUACCAGUGCACAAUGUGCGACGAGACAUUCAAAUAUGCCCACUCCCUGACCGUGCAUAAGAGGAAACACACGGGCAUCACUCCGUUCAUAUGCACCGUGUGCAACAAGCCGUACAGGACCGGCACUGCCCUGAAAAGACACAGCAUAGUCCACACUGGGGAGAAGCCGUUCACCUGUCACAUAUGCGGAGCGAGGUUCAGCCUGAAUAACAAUCUCAAGAGGCACCUUCGCAUUCACACAGGAGAGAAGCCGUUCACCUGCCAGGAGUGUGGCAAGAGCUUCUCGGAAAACAACAAGCUGAAGUCCCACAUGCUCAUCCACGGCGCCAGGAAACCUUUCAUGUGUGAUCUCUGCGGGAAGACCUUCCUCUUCAACUGCAGGCUGCGGAUACACCAGAAGUACGUGCAUGCUCACCGGAGCAAGGAAACGGACGGCACACAAACCUCUUCCCAGCCUAGAAGGUGCAACACCUCUUCGCUGGUUAAACCAUACAGCUGCAAAAUAUGUCUGAGAGGUUUCAGCGCCGCGUCUUCCCUCAAACUUCACGAAAGAGGCCACAGUGAGCAAAAGGAGUUCAACUGUGGCAUAUGUGGGAGGGCGUUCCAUAACAAGUACUCUUUCGGCUAUCAUCAGAGAAGCCACGCGGGGGAGAAGCCCUAUAUUUGUGACGUGUGCGGGAAGAGAUUUUUCCUCGCCGGUAGUCUGAAGCAGCACAAGCGCAUUCACACUGGCGAAAAACCGUACAAAUGUGACCAGUGCGACAAGGCCUUCAGAACAGACGGAAACUUCUACAGACACUUGCGGAUCCACACGGGCGAGAAGCCGUUUGAAUGCGUGUACUGUCACCGGAGGUUCCACCAGUCAAACCAGCUCAAGUCCCACAUGCAGGUCCACACGGGGCAGAAGCUCUACUCGUGCCAGCAGUGUGGCCGCGGCUUCUCUGAUUCCAGGCAGCUCAGGAAGCACAGCUGUGACGGGCCACCAGAUUUUGACAGCCUUGUGGAAAUGUUGACUCGGGAGGCAACGAGAAAGAUCGGCGACGUUUUCUCUCAACUGUCCUCAAUGCUGCACAACGAAAACAAUACUCUGAAGAUCAAAGUUUGGCAUCUGGAGAGCGUGCUGAAGACUACGACUGAAAACUUUGAAAAUGCCAGGAAGUGGAGAGAAAAUGUCCUGAACGGCUGCCCGGUCCUGUUUGAGCAGAGCGGGUUGAUCUACACCCUGAAGCCUUUUGGGAAGUUAAAAAGAAAGACAGAUACAUUACCAGAGGGAGUCACAGAAACGGCGCCUGCUGCUGAGAUGGAGAGUGGACAUGAUGCUGAUGGUGGAGAGGAAACAAAGGAGGUGAACUCUGAAGCUGAGUCCUCACCGGCCAGUAAACAAGACACGGCAGAUGAUUGUACCACAACAAACACGGCAGAAUCCAAAAACACCGACAGCCGAAGCACACAGGAAGCAGAAGUCACAAGGAAAGGGAAGUUGUUUGUAUGUGAUGUGUGUAACAAGAGCUUCAACCGGCAGUUUCAUCUGACGAAGCACAUGAACACUCACAAAGACCAGAGGCCUUUCGCCUGCGACCAGUGCCCGAGAAAAUUCAGGAACACGGCGACUUUUGAGUACCACCUGCUGCGGCACGAGGAGAAGAAGUACGCUACGUUCAAGUGCCAGCUCUGUGAGAAGACGUUCAAAACAAAAAUGCAACUGAAGACUCACCAGCUCGCGCACACAGACACAAGGCCGUUCACCUGCUCCACCUGUGGGAAGGCCUUCAAAACUAAACCCAACCUGCAGGCUCACCAGGUCGUACACAGUGUUGAAAAGCCGCACAAAUGCUCCGAGUGCGGGGAGAGUUUCCGGUACGCGUUCACGCUGCAGUGCCAUAAAAGCACUCAUACUGGUGAAGAUCCUUACAAAUGCACGGUGUGUGGCAAAGCUUUUAUAAGGAGGAGGUCGCUCAGGAUGCACCAGUUGGUUCACAGAGGGAAAAUGUUUACAUGUGAGACGUGUGGAAGGGGCUUCACCAUGCAACAAAACCUGAAGAGACACAUUCGUAUUCACACAGGUGAAAAACCGUUCAAAUGUAAAGUCUGCGGGAAGAGUUUCAUUCAGGACAACAGGCUGAAAGCCCACAUGCUCGUUCACGGUGCCUCAAAGUCGUUCAUGUGUGACCUGUGUGGAAAGACUUUUCUUUACAACUGCCAGCUGCAGAGACACCAGAAAGCAACCCACGAUGAAAGACACGGGCAGGUCAUCCGACGACGAACUCGAGAGCGAGGGAACCGCAGAGUUAUCUAUCGACGGGACAAAACGAUAGUUGAUGUGACGCCGUUCAGCUGCAAGACCUGCCGCAAGAGUUUCGACAGCGCGAGUAUGCUGAGAAGACACGAGCUCAUUCACACAGGCCAGAUGCAAUACCACUGCGACACAUGCGGGAGGUCUUUUUUCUACAAAGUGACGUUCGACUACCAUCAACGAAUCCACUCGGGGGAACGGCCGUUCGGUUGUGACGUGUGCGGGAAGAGGUUCAUCAUCCUUCAGGCUCUCAAGUCCCACAAACUGCAGCACACUGGAGAGAAACCACAUAAAUGCGAGCAGUGCGGCAAGGCCUUCAGGAUCUACACAAACUACCUCAGACACUUGCGGGUCCACACGGGGGAGAAGCCCUACGAGUGUGAAGUUUGUGGAGUGAGGUUCAGGCAGCUCGGACACGUGAAGUUUCACAUGCAGGUCCACACAGGAGAGAGACCGUAUUCUUGCAGCAGCUGCGGACUCGGAUUUUCAGACUCAAGGCUGCUCAAGAAACACAAUUGUGCCGAGAAACGUCAGAAAGUGUUAGGGAACACACUCUCUACGUCCUGAAACUGAGCACCUGGUGAUAAUAAUGACAAUGCAGCAGUGAUUUCGUUGUAGUCUCAGCUUUGGAGACUCGUAAAUGUUUUUUCCUGUCAGGACAAAACACCCAGUCCUGAUACGUAUUGGAUAUCUGAAGAAAGAUUGUUUUAUAGUUUAGUCACUUGUGUUUAUUUUGAAAGUAAUUGACGGAAGUAUUCCUAUGUUUUCAUGUCUGACUUGAUGUUUUGUGUUGAUGUAGUUCCUCUUUUGACCACUGGAGGGUAGUAAGGGACUAUAUAUUACUACAUACACUAUUGAAAUCACUUCAAACUAAGCUUAGAAUACCCUAAUUGAUACCUCCUAAAGAAUAUUUAUAAUAAUUUGGUCCAAUAAAACAAGAAACUUCUUACUUAGAUGUACUUGUAUUGGUGUUACUUGUACUUAUAUUGAUUUGCGGGCGGCUGUGGC